GAUGUUGCUAGAAUGUGCCUUUUAGAGUAAGGGAGGGGGUUUGUCCUCACAGAGCUGCGGUCGUUACAGCAGUUCAGCAUCAUCACCAUCUGUGUGCAGCAUCUCAGACAGGUGCCGAGACUGAAGACAGAGGCAAAGACUUUUUGAAGUAAGCCAAAUUAGAAAAAACUGAGACCAUGACCCAGGGAAAGGUUUCAGUGACAAACAAAUCAAACAAUGGCUCGGAUGUUCAGCCGAUGGCCACAGCUCCUCCAAGUUACGAGGAGGCAACUGCUGAAGGUGGAAGCCCUUGUUAUAGCGGAGCCUAUCCUGGAGAUAGUGAGAUGCUCACCGAAUUCAGCUGGGAUGACAAAAACAUCAGGAGGAUAUUCAUCCGCAAGGUGUACACCAUCCUGAUGCUCCAGCUAUCUGUCACAUUAGCCUUUGUGGCAGUUUUCAUUUUCUGUGAACCUGUGAAAUAUUACAUACAGGCCAACCCUGGCUGGUACUGGGCAUCAUAUGUGGUGUUUUUUGUCACAUAUCUGACCCUAUCCUGCUGCCGUGGACCCCGGAGGCAGUUCCCAUGGAAUCUGAUUCUGCUCAUUAUUUUUACUCUGUCUCUUUCUUACAUGACAGCAAUGCUCUCCAGCUACUACAAUACUAAAUCUGUCAUCAUCUGCCUGGGUAUCACUGCCUUGGUGUGUCUUGCUAUUACUAUCUUUAGCUUCCAAACCAAGAUUGACAUUACUUCAUACCAAGGCGUGCUGUUAGUUUUUUGCACAGUAUUGUUAAUUUGUGGACUUUUCCUGGCAGUCAUCCUGCCCUUUGGAUAUGUUCCAUGGUUGCAUGCUGUGUACGCUGCCUUGGGAGCAGUACUGUUUAGCAUGUUCCUGGCAUUUGACACACAGAUGCUGAUGGGGGAAAAGCAAUGCACAAUAAGUCCUGAGGAAUACAUCUUUGCCACCCUCAGCAUAUACCUGGACGUUGUUUACAUCUUCUCUUUCUUUCUCCAGUUGUUUGGAACUCCUGAACGGCAGUGAAUGUGCCGUUAACCUGAAGCUCCUACUGCUCUUCUUUUGUCUCUCUGAUCUGAGUGAUCAUGUCUUUCCAGCAUGAUAUGGAUCUUCAGUGCACGCUGUUGUGUUUAAACUCACCUCAGCUUUGACGAUGCAUAUACAUUGCUUAUACAUUGCUUAUGUACACUGGUAAAACUUUACAACUUUACGACUGGUGUCAUAGAAAACAAAACAGAAAAUAUAAAAUGCACUGGUGUCAUCUGUGAAACCUCUAUGAUGUCAUUAGCAGUGAAAGUGCAUGAAAUAUUAGAGCAUCACACUUUUUAACUAACUGAGAAAGUUGAUAUUGUGCUGAAUAUUUCCAUAACAGAUUGUUAACAAGUUUUUUGAAUAGCUGGCUGGGUUUUAGGAGUGCACCUAUGAAUCAAAGUAACACUUAAUUUUGAUAUAAAUAAUCAGUGCUUCCAUUAGAAUUAAAUUAAUAUUUCAUAGGAAUUUUCUAUUUAGAUUUUUUCUGCCAUUGUAAAGUGAUGCUUUUUGAGAAUUAUUUAUUUUGUUUAGGCCUAAGUGUGUUGUUAAUUUUUUUUCAUUCCAUAAAGGUUUUAUUAAUAUCUUAUCAUAGCACAGAUCUAUUUUUGAAGAAAAUGAGUUGUAAAUGAUUUUGGAUGUGUACAUAGAUUUACAGUGUUCACUAAAAGAGUGCAAAAUCACUGUAGCUGGAUUUAAACAGAAUGCGGUGCUUCAUAAUAUACAUUUUUCCCGUUUAUGGCCUUUACAGUAUAGAGACAUUGUGUGACCAAUAAAUGGAACUCAUUAAAAUGUA